CUAUGGGAUCUCUGUUAUCCAUUUUUAGGAACUGUUAUGUAGUUUAGUGAACAAGCAUGUGGAAUUCUCUGCAACCCUUUUCAAGAUGUUGGUCUUUGGAAGAGACAGUGGCUGCUUUGAAAUUUCUGUAGUGGCUUUACUGAAGGAGAAUUUCUAAGGCAGCAGGAUUGUGACUUACACAAUCGGCAACUGGAAAAAUGCCUGAGCCUAAUAAUAACUUGCCUUUACAUGAGGAUAUUAUAAAUGGUACUUCAGACUUGAGUGAAGUGAAAAAGCCAGAUGAAAAAGAAUCUGUUGUAAAAAGAACAAUGACUCUGAUUGAGAAGAAUUGCUGUCACGACACCAUAUACAUGAACGCAGCUAAGAUUUUUCAAGGCAUUCAUACUGAAAAGGCUAAGGAUAGAAUGCUGGUGCGGUAUGUGGGUGACUCAGCACCUCCCGUGCUGGCUUUUAAAGAUGUGUGUUCCCAGCGUCUGUCUUAUGAACUGGCUUUCAAUGCUCUAAAAUAUCAAGAUCUUCUUGAAGAAAUGCUGUUAGAUAGUUGUGUCUACCCAUGCCAUUCAAUACCAGAUGAAUUAACCAGCUUGCUUGUUGUGAUGCUUUAUGACCUACAAGACCGAAAGUUUCAAGCACGAGAGAUUUCUGAUGAAGAUGAACCUGUAGCAGACGUUCGGAAAAUAGAGCAUUAUCUAUACAGUUUUAAGACCAAAUUGGCAGCUGCACUGGCAAGAUAUCGCAUCAAACAUGAUGCUCCUUCAAUUGAAUAUGUUCUACCAGAAACCAUACGUAAGCAGCACCAAAGGGCUUCUGCUUUACCGUUGUGUGUUUGGAUAAACACAUUUAAAAUCAGCCUUGAAGAUGUUUUCAGAGAUUUGAAGGAGAAGGGAUUCACAAAAGUUGAGUCUGUGUCAGACUUGGACCAUUAUACGUAUGGUGUGGACCAGCACUGCGGUGAUGUGUUGGUUUUUCCUUCCUCUUUUAAAGAAGAACUGCUUAAUUUAGAUCUUUUUGCAGAUAGGAAACUCUUACUGCAGGAUAAGUCUCGCAGCCUUGCUGUACACGCUGCACAGGCACAGCUGAAUUCAGGUGACAACAUUAUAGUGGCUCAUGUAGGCUCCCAUCUGACCAUUGCCCAUUUGUCAGUGCUGACAAAUCACAGCAUGUCCACAGUCUUUGUUUGUGGUGUGAAAUCUUCAGAAAAGGAAGCAGAGCUGAGGAACUUUUUCAGCCACAUGGAAUGUACAAAUAUUCAGUUGUUACAUGAAGACUUCACGGAGAUUGGACCAACAGACCCAAAACUUCAAAAGGCAAAAGUUAUUUUGCUGCUACCACAGUGCUCUGGACUGGGUGCUGGCGACCCAAUAGAUUUUAUUUUAAAUGAGCAUGGAGAUGCAGAAUUACUAAAAGACCUUUUCCGGGGAACUGUAGCCAAGGAUAAACUCAGUGUUCUUGCUGAAAGGCAGCUUAAUGAGUUGAUUCAUGCAAUGAAAUUUAAGGAAGUACAAGCUAUUGUUUACUGCACUUGUUCAGUUUACCCAGAAGAAAAUGAAAGAGUAGUGAAGAAAGCACUGGAAUCUGAAGUGGAAGGAGAUAAAGUACAACCAUAUAGGCUUAUUCCUCCUGUUUUUGAUACUUGCUCUGAUUCAGAUGCUUCCACUGAACCUUUUUUCAAAACAGAGCCAUCAGAAAUCUCCAGUGGCUGCUUUCUGGCUGUUCUGGCAAGAGAGAAAGAUUCUUCUGAAAAUCUGUCUGCUGAAGACAUUUUGGGUCAGACUGCAGCAAAAGGACUACUAGAUGGCAUUCUUGUAGAAAAAACAAAGAAAGGGGGAAAAAAGCAGAAAGUAACACAACUUACACGUAAUACUGUUGCUGGUGGUGUAGAGCCAAAGACUGCAGAGCUCCUUCACCGUCAAACUGUAUCUAAUAUUAAGGCUGAAGUUGCUGUGUCUAAAGCAGUCAGUAACAUACAACAGAAGAGUGUGAGCCGAACAAAAAGCAAUGUUCAGCUGAAGAAAUCCAGCCACCCCAUUUCAGUCAGAUCUCUGCCUAAAGUGCUGAAGCACACACGUCCAUUGUCACCUGUGGGCAAGGCCUAUGGCAGGCAGACACCUGCUAGAAAGGCACAUGCAGAACACAAGCGGAUUGUACUGAAGCCUGCAAAAAUUAUGUUUCCUCCAGUGGCAAUGCCAUACCUAAGUUCACAAGGAAACGAAGCUGGGAUAUCAGCUCAUCACUGCUUCCACUGCUGGAGUGGAGCAAACAGUUUCCAUGGCAGGGUACUUCUACCACCUCUGUGUAAAACAGUCAGGCCAGCUGUGCUUCAUCCUCGACCAUGGAUGCAGGGAUCUUCACACAUUGCCCUGCCUUUAUACAGAAGUCAACGUAGCUGGAUCAGCUCUACCUUCACAGGAAAGGAUGUGAAUGAUACUACACCGGCAGUGUAACAGCUGCUUCUUGCUCUUCAGAUGCAUACCCUUGCAUUGCUGAAUCAGUGAAUAUUUCUUCUAGCAUUUUAAUUGGAGCCA